AUGUUAAUACUACAUACUCGUAGGAGAUUGAGUGCCAUAUCUUCUGGUUCGGCGCGAAGACGAGCUCGGGAGCGACUACGAGCCGAACAAACUCGUACUGAGGGCGAACGGCUUGCGAAAGAAAGACGUGAACAACGAUCUAAAGAGAAGUUUCAACAACAAAAGCAGGCCCGAUUAGAGCUGGCGUCGUACGAGCCGUGGGGUCGCGCAGGUGGCGGUGCGCCCAACCUUCGGAGCGUACGAUUUUGCAACCUCCGCGCUAUUGGUAUCUACCCUGAAGAUGAGCUUAAGGGCGUGACUGCCCACGAACCUUGCCGAGAGUGGUCAUCGCCUCGUCGCCACAGAUGCACACCGCUUCGUCUCCGCGAAGAUCCGCAACUUUGUUACGCUGAUGUUUUACGACAAACUGUUGACAAUGACAUAAGAUAUAAGCAAACGCCGAACCAACAACAGGCCUACAAACAAAUUCUAGAUGAAAUGGUUGAAAAGAGACAGAAAUCAAUGAAGGAUUCUAUAAGACGCAAUUUGGAAUACGAGCGCAAAAUGCACACGAUGGAUGGACCUUGGGGCAAGCCAGGACCAGGUGGGACGAUUUGGAGGAAUCCUCGAGAUGUUGGCUUAAAUUUCUCUAAGUCUAUGGGUUGGACAAAUAAUGAAAUUUUUAAUAAAUUAAGAGGUGAACACAAGCGACAUAAAAGGUCGUCGCUUACUUUACCUAAAGUAAAGACAGUCGACGAUAAUCCCAAUGAAGAUGAAACACCAAAUAAAGAAAAUAUAAAACCAUCCAGCGUUGAAAAAUUACCCAACAUACCCGGUAAAGAAUUAAGUCCAGGUAAUAAUGACUGUACUGAUGAAAAAUUUAAAAGUGGAGACAAAGAACUUAAAUAUACUUCUAACAAAAAUGGCAGACAAAAACGAAACCCCAAUAAGAGUAAAUUCGUAAAAAGGUUAUCUAAUGGAGAAAGAGUGGCGCGUAGAAUUCCUGAUGAUGACGAGGACAACAGAGAAAGUAAUGCCGUAAACAAAAAACUAACGCCAGAGGCUACAAUACUACGUGUGACGGGAGGCAUAGAACUUGUUCCAUUGUUAGCAAGAAGAAGGCGCGUUGGUGCUCGAACUCUGCCUUCGAGCGAUGUCACACGACCUCCGGAGCAGUCAUGCGAAUGGCGGGAGUUUAUGGAUGUAGACUAUUUAAGAGAAUUAAAACAUCAAAUGCGUGUAAAAAGUGAAAAACAAGAGGAGAAUCGCCGCGAUUCAGCCGAGAGCGUCCAGCGACACCACGAGACGUGGGCUUCUCUGUGGGGGCGCCCCGGGCACGGCGCGCCGCAACAGCGCGGUCGAUACGCGCGCAGCAACCUCGCACAACUGCUAUAUGUACCACAUCUCACUAACUCAAACAUAUAGU